GAAGGCAGCCCAUUCAUCGUGUGUAUGACGUAUGCAUUUCAAACGCCGGAGAAGCUGUGCUUCAUCCUUGACCUCAUGAACGGCGGUGACCUCCACUACCACCUGUCGCAGCACGGCGUGUUCACGGAGAAGGAAGUUCGAUUCUACGCCGCCGAGGUCAUUCUGGGUCUGGAGCACAUGCACAGUCGCUUCGUGGUCUAUCGGGAUUUGAAGCCGGCCAACAUUUUGCUGGACGAGAACGGCCACGUGAGGAUCUCUGACCUUGGACUCGCCUGUGAUUUCUCCAAGAAAAAGCCGCACGCCAGCGUAGGCACCCACGGCUACAUGGCCCCUGAGGUCCUACAGAAGGGCACGGCCUACGACUCUAGUGCAGACUGGUUCUCCUUCGGAUGUAUGCUCUACAAGUUGCUCAAAGGUCACAGUCCGUUCAGACAGCACAAGACCAAAGACAAGCACGAGAUUGACCGCAUGACGAUGACCAUGAACGUAGAUCUCCCCGACACCAUGUCGAUAGAGAUGAAGACUCUCCUAGAAGGCCUCUUACGCAGGGAUGUGGAGGAUCGCCUGGGCUGCAGAGGACGCGGCUCACGGAGGCUGACCAGGACCUGUACAAGAACUUCCCUCUGGUGGUCUCGGAGCGCUGGCAGCACGAGGUCGCCGAGACCGUCUUCGAGGCCAUCAACACCGACACGGACAAGAUCGAGCAGAAACGCAAGCAGAAGCCCAAGGCCGACGAGGUGGACCUGG